AUGGCCUACGGAGGGCGAGUAAGGCCAGCUUCAGAGAAACUUGCAGACAUCGGACAGACUGGGCUUACUGAGGACAGAACAGUCUGUGCAGCAGGGAGAGUCGCAACUCAUCAGGCCGCAGCUUCGGCGAGAAUUCCGAAGCUCCAGGCGAUGGGGCCACUACGACAAGAACGCCUGGAGACUUGGCAGGCAUGCGCCUCCCGGUGCACGCUUGUCACCCCUCCUUCACCCCACAUGAAUGUUUCGUACAGGAAAAGGGACUCUUGCGAAGGUGGCAUCACGAAAAUGGGUGAUAUUCAAAGGGGCACCUGCAAGUGGUUUGACUCAUUGAAGGGAUUUGGAUUUAUCACUUCUGAAGACGGGAUGGACCUGUUCGUCCACCAGACGGAGAUAAAGGCCGAAGGCUUCCGAAAUCUCAGUGAAGGAGAACAAGUUGAGUUUCUCGUCCAGACCGGGUCUGACGGUCGGAAAAAGGCCGUGAAUGUGACUGGCCCUGGUGGUGCCCCCGUCAAGGGCGACCCUCGCCCUGUCCGAAAGUUACUUCCAUCUGGUGGAGGCGGCCGUGGAGGCGGAAGCGGAGGACGCGGUAACGGAGGGUUCAAUGGUGGAGGUUAUGGACCUGGUGGGGGUAGUGGUUACGGGGGGGGUGGCUACGGGGGUGGCUACGGCGGCAACGGCAAUGGUUACGGGAACGGCGGCAGUUAUGGAGGUGGGAAUGGUGGUUAUGCAGGUGGUAACUAUGGCGGAAACGGGUACAAUGGCUCGAGCUACGGAGGUAGUAGCGGGGGCCGGGGCGGUUAUGGGGACAGCAGCAGCAGCCGCGGGGGAGGCGGUUAUGGAGGCAGCGGAUACGGCGGCAACGACGCAUCGCAUCUACACCACAUGAAGCGUUCUGUCAGGUGCCGGGUGAUCCCAUUUGAAUUCGUUAACGAAUCUGUAUUAUUGGGCAUGAAGGAUUGA